AUGCGCUCCGAGGCCAUCCCCAGUGAGGCCCGCAAGAGCGACAAGGUCCUUCCGGACCGCACCUACUACGCGACGCCUGGACCACGCGACGUCGGACCUGGUGGUUUUUCCAUCGUGUCAGAUGGGGCGAGUUCGAACGACCAGGAAGGGGAAGAGGUGAAGAAGGAAGAUCGCGUGCCCCGUGGUGGCGUGGAAGGUGGACGGUGCGUGGGUGCGUGGGGCUUGACGUCGCGUGUGGUGACAAGGACGGAGAGCAGCUUGCACAGCGUUGAUGUGGUCGCUGCGGACAAGGGAGACGCGUGGGCUCACUAUGCCUUCGAGUCUUUGGUCGAGGCGGCCAUGUUGAGUGAGAAGAGGGUGCUGAUAGCACGCUACUGCUUCCGCAAAGAUUCGCAGCCGCGGAUGGUGGCGCUGAUCCCCAAAAAAGGAGCCGGAGUGGGCCCGUGGUCCUCCUUUGGACAACAGGUAACCCUCGUAAUGGGCAACCCUCCCCUUCCAGAGGAGCCCACUGCCGAGCAGAAGGCCUUCACGAAUUCUUUGGUUGAUGCUUUGACCUUCGAUCCACAGACGCUGAGGCCCGAGGAGACCAGCAACCCUUCGCUGGCGCGCUUCUAUGAUUUCUUGGGUCGGCGAGCAGUGGACCCAGGCGCCAAGCUGGAGAGUUCGGUGGCAGCUCCAGUGCUGGAGAUGCCCGAGCACGCGCGCCUGGCGCUGGAGAAGGUGCUCCCGGAGAACGAGCGUUUGAAGGUGAAGGCUUUGUUUGGCCUGGAGAAGGUGGAAAAGGCCGUGGGUCGCGAGCGGAAGCGCUUCUGGCGUGACGACCCCCGGCCAUCGAAGAGAAGACCCGGAACGCCGCAUCCAUCGGAGAAGUGGCUGGACGCCAUGGACGUUGAUGUCAGCGACGGGUCUGACUUUGUAGAUGACGUCGGCAACAUGGUGCCUAUGACUCCGCCGCACCUUUGGGGGAGAUGGUUGCAGGGCGUCUUGAUUUCACCAUUGCCCGUGCUUUACCGGCCACCCAUGGCUAACAAGUCCUUGGCUGGUCAAAAUGUCAUCUUGCAUACGGACGGCGUCAAGACCUACAAGAUGAAGGUGCCAGGUGUCCUGCACGACAAUGUGGCGCACAAGAAGAGAAAGAUGCUGGUCAAGGGCAAGCAGGGGCCCUUGAGACACGUGAAGGGUGAAGAGUCGCAAGAACAUCGAGGCGACGACAGCAUGGCGGUGCCGGUGGGGGUGCCUCCGCGAGUCCACAUUGGCUCGGUGAACCCGCAGCAGGACUUCGAGCGUUGGCUCAACGAGCGCAAGACCGGGGGUCAGGACGUGGUGACUCCAGCCAUCGAGUAG